CAUAACCUAUUCAAUUUCAUGGAAAGCCAACAACAAUUAACUGCUUCAACUCUUUUGAAACUGUCAGCAAAACAAAACAAUAACAUAAAGACAAACAAACACAAAACUUGUAGUAGUUAUCACAAAUCAAUCAAUGUACACAAAAAACACUAAAACAUCAGAUAUUUUUCUCACAAACAUCUUUUCCUAAAUGACUUUCAAUGUGAUUCUUUUUUUGUGUCUUGUUUUUCAUAUAUUUUCAAUACAAACAUGUUAUUGCCAAAACAAUUCUCCUCAAAAUAUAGAAACUUUGUAUCCAAAUGAAACUUUAGCUUCACCACCAACAAAUCAACCACCAAAGACACAACCAUCAUUUUCAUUACCACCACCACCUCAAGGACUAAUCGCGCCGGUAUCGAAAAGUAGUUCAUCAAAUGGUAAGAUAGCAAAAGCUGUGGCUGCAACUGCAGCAAGCACUAUAGUUAUUUGUGGUAUAAUCUUCAUUUUAGCUAAAAGGUGUUUAAGGAAAAGAAAGAGAUCAAAUGAGAUAGUAAAUAACAUUGUUGUUGAUGGAGAUAAGCAACAAGUUAUUGUGCCUAAAGGGAAUGUUUUCGAAAAAAUCGAUGGAAAUGUUAGAGGAUUAAUUGUUGAUGAAGAUGGUUUAGAUGUGAUUUAUUGGAGAAAACUUGAAGAGAAAAAUUCAAACAAGGAUCUCUAUAAAGAUAUCUUGAAUAGUCCAAAAAACAAAGAAGAAAUUGAAGAGAGUCAUGAAGAAGAAAAUCAAGUGAAAAAAUCUAAGUCCAUUCAAGAGAUUCCUCUUCUUAGAGGACAAUCUUCAUCCUCGCAUUUGAAUGAAUUUCAAGAAGAGAAUGAUCUAUAUAGAGUUCCAAUAAUUCAAUCUCAACCAUCCAAAAAUGGUGUUCAGAAACAUGUUUUUCAAUCUCAACCAUCCAGAAAUGAUGUUGUUCAGAAACAAGAAUUUCAAUCUCAACCAUCCAAAAAUGAUGUUGUUCAGAAACAAGAAUUUCAAUCUCAACCAUCCAUUCUACCAUCAAUUUCAGCAGCUGCACCACCACCUGCACCUCCUCCACCAAUUCCAGCUAGGAAGAGUCAAGCACCACCACCACCUCCUCCAAUUAAGACGAGUACAUCAAAUUCAUCAUCAACAGCUAUCUCUCAAAGCAAUCAAAGAAAUUCUUUAGAGAAAGGUGUGGAAGAAUCCAACACUGAUCAAGUGAAAUUGAAGCCUUUGCAUUGGGAUAAAGUGAAUACUAAUGCUGCUGAUCAUUCCAUGGUUUGGGACAAAGUCGAUCGCGGUUCAUUCAAGGUUGAUCAAAAUCUUAUGGAAGCACUCUUUGGUUAUGUCGCGACCAACCGAUUGUCGCCUAAACGAACGACUGAAUCAACCAGUCAAAGCAAUGAUCCCUCAACAAAAAUUUUCAUUCUUGAUCCUAGAAAGUCACAGAACAUAGCUAUUGUUUUGAAAUCUCUAGGCGUCUCACGAGGCGAAAUUCUUGAUGCACUCAUUGAUGGAAAAGGCCUCAAUUCAGAUACACUUGAAAAGCUUUCAAGAGUUUCACCAACAGCAGAAGACAAAUUACUCAUCCUUAAUUAUAGAGAAGAUCCAUCAAGACUUGCUGCAGCAGAAUCAUUCCUAUAUCACAUCCUUAAAGCCGUUCCUUCGGCGUUUAAUCGCUUGAACGCUAUGCUAUUCAGGUUGAACUAUGACACAGAGGUUGCGGAAAUCAAAGAGUGUUUGCAGACCAUUGAAUUUGGAUGUAAAGAGCUUAGAAGUCAAGGAGUCUUUUUGAAGCUUCUAGAAGCAGUGCUUAAGGCCGGGAAUCGAAUGAAUGAUGGAACUUCUAGAGGUAAUGCUCAAGCUUUUAACUUAAAUUCUCUAAGGAAACUCAAUGAUGUCAAAAGUAACAAUGGAAAAACCACAUUACUUCACUUUGUUGUUGAAGAAGUAGUCCUUUCCGAAGGAAAACGCGCUGUUCUUAACCAAAAUAACAGCCUAAACCGAAAUAACGCGAUGUCAAAAACAACAAAUGUUGUUUCAGAAGAAAGAAGAGAAAGGGAAUACAAAAUGUUAGGAUUGUCAAUUGUGGGAGGAAUAAGUUCUGAAUUCUCCAAUGUUAAGAGAGCAGCAAAUUUGGAUUAUAAAAGUUUAAUUGGUUCAAUUUCAGAACUAUCUAUUAGGCUUAAUGAAAUUAAAGAACUUGUGUCACAAUGUGAGAAUGGUGAAAGAGGAAAUUUUGUGAAAGAAAUGAAUUAUUUUAUUGGAAAUGCUGAGGAAGAACUGAAACUAGUGAGAGAGAAACAAACAAUUGUGUUGCAGAUUCUUAGUAAAACAACACAAUAUUAUGAAUGUUCAAAAGAGAAAGAAGAAAAUGAUCUUCAACUAUUUGGUAUAGUUAAGGAUUUUUUGAGAAUGGUUGAUCAAGUUUGCAUCGAAAUCGCACGUGAAAUGCAGAAAAAGAAUCCUAAAGGAGUGUCCGGAACAAAGUAGGGAUAUAUAUGGAUUCUAUGCAGUCGGGGAAUGGUGCAGUCAGUUCAUGAGAUUUUCACAAACUGUUCAUAUAACUCUAGAAGUGGCCUAAGUGAAUCAAUUAUUGCUAGAGUUUUGGAUCAAAGUUGUACGAUUGACUUAUUUGAACUUAUCUACUGGAUUGACUUAUUUGAACUUAUCUACUGGGCACUGGCACAGGUACUUUUGAGAUUGUCACAGAGAGUUAUUGAAAACAGUUUUUGACAUUUCAUAAGCUCUUUUCAGCUUAUUUCUAUAAACUUUUCAGAAUAGUUUAUGAAAACAACUUAAAGCUUACUUGAAAACAGUUUGAUUUUAUAUAAAUAUUAUUUAUAUAAGCACUUAUAUAAUAAGUGCUUAAUUAGGCUAGCCAUUGACAGUUGAGAAGUAGUAGUGUAGAAGCUGGCUAUGAUUUUACAAUUCAUAAUUUAUCUGUUUUAGUUAUCGUGUA